AUGAAGAAGCGCUUUGAUCAAACAGAUGACGACUCGGGCUCGGAACCAGAGCAGCAGCACAACACGAAGGCUGCCGCAGCAGCAGCAGGUCGCGCACACGGCGACGGCGCAGACGGCGCAAGCACUAGCGGCUCCGACUCGGAAGAGCCAGGCACCAGCGACGGCGGCAGCGAUGACGGCGAUGACAGUGAUGCGGAGCGGGCGCUGGAGCAGCAGCUGGCAGACAUCCCAUUGGAGGUGCUCGCCAAAUUGAAACAGGACGGCCUGGGGCCUGUCGGCCAGGCGGCGCGGGCGGCGGCGGCGGCGGCGAAGUCCAAGACGUUCAAGCGAGACACCAAAAACCGGCCGCAGGAGACGACCUCCAAGCGGCCGGUCUCGCGGUUCAGGGAGGUCAUCCAAGUGCCAAAGCAACGCGGCCUCGACCCACGCUUCGAUCCCGGGGUGGUGGGCGCCAGCGGCGACCCCCAGGAACUUGACAGGCAGCGCAAGCGGUACGCAUUCCUGUAUGACGAGGUCAUCCCCCAGGAGAGGGCGGCCCUCAAGCAGCGGCUCAAGAAGGAGAAGCGGGAGAGCAAGCGGCGCGAGAUUCAGGCGGAGGUGACGCGGCUGGAGCAGCGGCUGCGGGACGAGAAGACGCGGCGGAAGCGGGUGGAGCUGGACAAGACGUACAAGGCGGAGCAGAAGGCGGCGGUGGCGGCGGGCAAGCAGCCCUUCUACCUCAAGAAGAGCGACAAGCGCAAACGCGAGCUGGUGGCCAAGUACGAGGAGCUGAAGGCCACGGGGCAGCUGGACAAGUACAUGGAGAAGCGGCGGCGCAAGAACGCCUCCAAGGACCACCGCUACCUGCCUGGGCGGCGCGGCGGCGAUGGCGACGAGUGA